AUGGGUGUUUUGUUUGAUGUCAAAACGGUUCCUCAGACCUCUUUGGGAGAUCUCGCCGCCAUCUUUCGGUCAAUUGGUGUGUCAGGGGCCACCAAUGACCAUCUUUUGGUGUUACAACACAGUCUUUCUCGUUUGAUAGACUCACUGACCAGUUUUUCUAAUUUGAAGAAACUGACCAAAAUCAACAAGGUAGUAUGGAUUGACGAGCAGAAUUUUGAUCACGAACACAUGCAGAGCAUCUCGCCCAGCAUCGUAUUUUUGUGCGAUGGCGGGUUUGAUAUCUUGGAUGCCAUUGCAGGGAUACUGAAGCGCAAAAUCCUUCCUUUCAACAAGACCUCGAAGAUUUCUUUGAUUGUGGCCAAUCGACUGCCUUCCUCCACAGAUCUUGCCAUUGAGAACCUUGGAAUAAAGGGCGACGUGAAAAUCUAUCAUUGGUCGAGCAUUAAACCCAUAGCAUUGGAGUCUGAUAUCCUAGACCUCUGUUUGCCUAAGGGUGGCCUGGGCGAGCUGUUUUCAGGCUCAAUUGAUCCGUUGGACCAAUUGGCAGGGUCUCUUUUGGACCUAGUGAUAAACUCGGGCUACAAAGUGCGCAUUACGAAUACAUUUAUCAAGGGCGAGAAUUCCGCCAAACUUUGGAACAUAUACCAACACAAGUACCAGACACAUCUAACUAAAGUCGAUCCGAAAACUAAAAAGCUCAUCCAGGACCAGGACGAGACCCUGUUUGUUGACCAGCACUCAUUUUUCAACCGAAAUGUCGACUUUGUGUGUCUCGACCGGUCAGUCGACCUGGUAAGUGCCGUGCUUACGCAACUCACGUAUACCGGGCUAUGCAACGAGUCCCUAGGAGUGCAGCUAGGCAUGGUGUCGGUACCAGAAGAGAAUCUUAAACUUAGAUUUGGAGACUUCAAUGACGAAAUUUACCAGCUGGUGCGAGAUCUCAAUUUCUCGAUGGUGGGCUCGGUGCUGAAUUCGAAAGCACGCACGUUGCAAGCCGAGUAUGAUAAACGCAACAACCUUACGGACAUUGAAGAAAUGAAGAAAUUUGUUGGAGAGUUGAACAACCUAAAAGAAAGCCAGAAGUGGGUGCAAAAACACACUGUGGUCGCGGAAAGUAUACUAAAAUCUGUGAAGGAUGGUGACCAGGAGCGUCAAAUUCCCGGGUUGGAGGCGGAGAUGCCCAACAGUAGCAAAUUCAAUGCGUUUGUGGAGCUACAGCAGGAAAUCUUGAGCGACAGUCUAGACAACAAGCGCAACUGUGCUGCUAUCUUGCAGUACAUGUACCAAUUCGAACCUCCCCUAUCGGAGGUGUUACGUCUGAUGAUCCUAACCAGCAUCGUGAAGAGAGGCGUCAGAGAGUCGGAAUACGAACAUAUGAAGACAGAGAUUUACCACAUGUAUGGCAUGGAUGCAUUCAAAAUUCUACUCCGAAUGAAAGAACUGAAAAUGGUGUAUCCUCGCGAAAGUCUUUCAUUUAUACCAACCAGUAUGAGCGACGAGGUGUUUACUAGUCCGCAUCAGCUCAUUAGAGAUUUUUCGUCGAUUGGCAACAACCUGAAUCUUAUGCCCGUCUCUGACCAGGUGGACCCAGCAAACCCCCACGACGCAGACUUUGGGCUUCCUGGAUAUGUUCCUAUCAUCACACGCCUUAUCGAAGCAAUCUACUCGCGAGAAUUUCUAGCUGCCCCACGUGACACGCGGGUCAGGAAAUACGGCUGGGACAAUCUGGAUCUUAGCGCAUUAGAUGGAGAGUUGCAGCAAGAGUUUCUGGUUCCAGAAAAUAAAAAACCCUUGUUCAAUUCAUCGAUCCCACCUAAAGCAAGCCAGCUUGCCGACCGGAAAGAUGUCAUAAUUGUCACCGUUGUGGGCGGAAUGACGUACAGCGAAAUCUCGACUAUCCGAUUCGUGCUAAAAAAAAACCCUGUCACCAAAGCCAAACAGGUAAUUUUCCUUACCCCGGGAAUUAUUACGGGGGACGAUCUGAUUGACAGUUUAAGGUAUAAAUAA